AUGGCCUUCAUGAAAGUCGGAGAUGAAGAUUUCACCAGGGUCAACCCCCGACGACUAGCAGUGAAUACCCGCGACAGUCAGAACAGUUUUCAUCCCUCAUACACUCUCCCUCUACAUCAAAUCUCGCUCUACCACAACCCACAAAUGUUCGACUUAAACACUUCAACCUUCUUCUUCAUUGGCGGCGUCGCUGGCAUCUUCGUUAUAUACAGCUAUUUCAUCCGCCGCAAACCACUUCCUCCCAAACAACCCGAAGAGUUUGCGACACAUCAUCAGCGGGGCUUAUCGUCUGACUUUCCGCCGGGAAUGCAGUUUGAUAAAGUGGAGGGGGGGUGGGCGAAGGAGGGGAUGGAAGGCCCGUUUUUGAGGUCAUAG